CCUUCCGUUCUUCUUCUACUCUGUAUUCUAUUCCUUCUUUGUCUCUUAUYAGUGCUGCUGCUGCUGCUGCUGCUCUCUCUCUCUCUCUCUCUMUCUAUCUCUCUCUCUCUCUCUUCUUCAACAUAGAUCGAUUGCUUCUCUGAGUCUGAAUUGCAUCCCAAGUUCCGUUGGCUGCUCUUUCGACUUCGCAAGUCAGAAUUGGACUCUGAUUCGGUCUUUUCCUUGGUUCGAGCUUCAAAGCCAGACAAAUAAGUCGUGUUUAUGCGUUACUCACCUCGAGGAUUGUUUAGUUUGAUUCGAAUUUGGGUUCGAGACGUUCUUCAAAUGGAUAGUUCAGAGACAUGAAAGUGCACACUAUAAAGAGAAUUUGACUCAUAUAUUGAACUCUACUGCCUACUGGGUUAUUUGUACCUUAUUGUUUGGUUAUUUAAUCGAGGUGGUGGCUAUGGCUUUAGGUUCUGUUUUAGUUAAGCUCGGGAUGUUGUCCACAUCAGAUCAUGCCUCCGUGGUUUCUAUGAAUUUGUUUGUGGCGCUCCUUUGUGCUUGUAUUGUGAUUGGUCAUCUACUGGAGGAGAACCGAUGGAUGAAUGAAUCGAUUACGGCCCUAGCGAUUGGUGUGUGUACUGGAGUCGUUAUUCUACUAACUACCCGGGGAAAGAGCUCGCAUAUCUUAGUCUUCAGUGAAGAUCUUUUUUUUAUAUAUCUUCUCCCACCUAUCAUAUUUAACGCGGGAUUCCAGGUGAAAAAGAAACAAUUUUUCCGCAACUUCACAACAAUCGUGUUGUUUGGUGCUGUUGGUACAUUAAUAUCUUUUGGCAUCAUUGCAACAGGUGCUAAACAGUUUUUUAAACGAUUGAAUAUGGUUUCGCUUGACAUUGGAGAUUAUCUUGCAAUUGGAGCAAUCUUUUCUGCAACAGAUUCUGUUUGCACCUUGCAGGUGCUUAAUCAAGAUGAAACGCCCUUACUUUAUAGUCUGGUUUUUGGGGAAGGUGUUGUUAAUGAUGCUACAUCAGUUGUGCUAUUUAAUGCAAUCCAAAGCUUUGAUCUUUCUCACAUCAAUUCCUCCAUAGCCUUGCAAUUUAUUGGCAACUUCUUUUAUUUAUUUGUAUCAAGUACCAUGUUAGGAGUGGUUACUGGUCUGCUCAGUGCAUACAUUAUCAAAAAGUUAUAUUUUGGAAGGCACUCCACUGAUCGUGAAGUCGCACUUAUGAUACUCAUGGCUUACCUUUCUUACAUGCUGGCUGAACUAUUCUAUUUAAGUGGCAUUCUCACCGUGUUUUUUUGCGGUAUUGUGAUGUCCCACUACACAUGGCAUAAUGUCACUGAGAGUUCAAGAGUCACUACUAAGCAUGCUUUUGCGACAUUGUCAUUUAUUGCUGAAAUAUUCAUCUUCCUAUAUGUUGGUAUGGAUGCUUUGGAUAUUGAGAAGUGGAGAUUUGUAAGUGAUAGUCCUGGAACUUCAAUUGCAGUGAGUUCAGUAUUGGUGAGCUUGAUUCUGGUUGGAAGAGCUGCUUUUGUUUUCCCCCUUUCUUUUCUAACCAACUUAACCAAGAAGUCUCCAAAUGACAAAAUUGGCAUAAAGCAGCAAGUCACAAUAUGGUGGGCUGGCCUUAUGCGAGGUGCAGUUUCUAUUGCACUUGCUUAUAAUCAGUUCACAAGAUCAGGUCAUACUCAACUUCAUGGGAAUGCAAUCAUGAUCACAAGCACCAUUACCAUUGUUCUUUUCAGCACAGUGGUAUUUGGUUUGAUGACAAAACCUCUUGUAAGGAUUUUGUUGCCUUCACCGAAACACUUGAGCAGCAUUGUGUCAUCGGAGCCAUCAAGUCCGAAAUCCUUCUUUGCACCACUCCUUGAGAAUGGACAGGGUUCAGAAGUUGACAUGGCUUGCACUAGUAUCCCCCGCCCAAGCAGCCUGCGCAUGCUCUUUACAUCUCCUACUCACACUGUUCACUAUUACUGGCGUAAAUUCGAUGAUGCAUUCAUGCGUCCUGUAUUUGGCGGUCGGGGUUUUGUACCCUUUGUGCCAGGUUCACCAACUGAACGGAGUGUACAUCCAUGGUAAUGCAAGGAAUAUCAAGAGAAAUAUGUAAGCAAUUUAUCUAUGGAUUCUUGAGGGUGAUAAGCUUCUACUGUGGAGGCUGUGUAAGUGUAGCUUAAGACUUUUUAUGAGCUUUUAAUUUUGUUUAAGGAAAAAGAAGAAUUAUUUUUUUUAUUUAUUUUUUCUUUGGGUCUGGGGUGGGGUUGUGUUCUAUAUGGGGCUGCUAGGAACUUUAUCCUGGCACUGAAAAAGCAAGACGGUGUUUUGUAGCAUCAUGGACCCAAGUGUGUAUAAGGAUGUCAUCUAUUACAUUAUUAUUACAUUUCAUUUCAUCCAGACUUUUCUGUAAUAUUCAAUUUUGUAAGAUGAGUUUUUAGUGUAUGAAAUCAUUUCUUCUCUUGGGUU